AUGGACGAGAUCUCCGGCGGGGCCUUCCUCCGCGCAGUGCCGAGCGGCGCGGGGGCGUCAGCGGCAGCGCAGUCGGGCUCCUCCUCCCCGCCGCGUCCGGCGCCGUGUCAGACGUCGUGGUGGGAGUUCCCCGCCGACGCGAUUCUCAACGAAGGCAGUGUGUACGGCGGCGUGUCGCUCUACGCCGGGGACCCCUUAAACUCCACGAAGCUGCCCGUCGUGUACGCCACGGACUGUGGCUCCCGGCUUUGCGGCAGGGGCGAGCUUGACAAGGACAAGGUCGCUGGAAAGAUGGUCCUUUGUGAGCGCGGAGGCAACGCCCGUGUCGACAAAGGCGCGGCCGUCGGGGAGGCCGGCGGAAUCGGCAUGAUUCUCGCCAACACGGAGGAGAGCGGCCAGGAGCUCAUCGCCGACUCCCACCUCAUCCCAGCGACAAUGGCGGGGCAGAAGUUCGGCGACAAGAUCAGGCACUACGUCAAGACCGACCCGUCACCGACGGCGACCAUCGUCUUCCACCGCACAGUCAUCGGGAAGUCGCCGUCUGCGCCGUGCGUCGCGGCGUUCUCGAGCCGGGGCCCCCAGUACCGCACGGCGGAGAUCCUCAAGCCCGAUGUCACAGCCCCCGGCGUCAACAUACUCGCGGCAUGGACCGGCGAGGCCUCCCCCACCGACCUCGAGAUCGACCCAAGGCGCAUCCCGUUCAACAUCAUCUCCGGGACGUCCAUGUCGUGCCCGCACGUGAGCGGCCUCGCCGCGCUGCUCCGGCAGGCGCACCCGGACUGGAGCCCCGCGGCGGUCAAGUCGGCGCUCAUUACCACGGCGUACAACCUGGACAACUCCGGGGAGAUCAUCAAGGAGCUGGCCACCGGGACCCAGUUGAUGCCGUUCGUCCGCGGCGCCGGGCGCCUACCACCGGGUGUUGAGUAA